AUGCUUACAAGGAACUGCCUGUUGCUGUUCCUUUGGCUUGUCUGCGGGCAGGAGCGGCAGCAGCAGAGCUCCGCGUCCCCCAUCCACUCGCCCCCCAUCCAGCCGCCGCUGCCUCUUCUGCCCCAGAGCAGGCUGGGUAGGGAGAGGCCGCGCCACCCGCUUGGCGGAGGAGGCGGAGGGCAGCUGGGGGGGCAGCGUCAUGGCAACGGCGGCGGUGGUGGCGGUAACGGAGCGUUCCAAAGGGUUAAGCGGGGCUGGGUGUGGAACCAGUUCUUUGUGCUGGAGGAGUACAUGGGCUCGGAGCCGCAGUACGUGGGCAAGCUGCACACCGACCUGGACAAAGGGGAGAGCGCGGUGAAGUACACCCUCAACGGAGAUGGUGCCGGUAGCAUCUUCACCAUCGACCAGACGACAGGUGACAUCCAUGCUCUGCGGAGCCUCGACCGCGAGGAGAAGCCCUACUACACCCUCCGUGCCCAGGCUGUGGACAUGGACACGGGCCGGGCCCUCGAACCCGAGUCCGAGUUCAUCAUAAAGGUCCAGGAUAUCAACGAUAACGAGCCCAAGUUCCUCGAUGGGCCGUACACGGGCAGUGUCCCAGAGAUGUCCCAAGUCGGUACUUACGUCAUGACGGUGACGGCCACGGAUGCCGAUGACCCCACAUACGGAAUGAGUGCCAGAGUGGUGUACAGCAUCAUUCAUGGGCAGCCCUACUUCUCUGUGGACCCCAAGACAGGAGAUAUCCGUACGGCUCUGCCCAACAUGGACCGUGAGGUGCGGGAGGUCUACCAGGUUCUGAUCCAGGCGAAAGACAUGGGCGGCCAGCUGGGGGGUCUGGCAGGGACCACCACCGUCAACAUCACCCUCAGCGACGUCAACGACAACCCACCCCGCUUCGCCAAAAGCAUAUUCCACGUGCGCGUGCCCGAGUCGUCUGCAGUGGGCUCCUCUGUGGGUCGCAUCAAGGCACACGAUCUGGACACUGGCAAGAACGCCGAAGUGGAGUACAACAUCGUGCCCGGAGACGGCGGUGCCAUGUUCGACAUUACCACUAACGAACACAACCAGGAGGGCAUACUACUGCUGAAACGGCCACUGGACUAUGAGAGCAAGAAGGCGUACACCUUCAAGGUGGAGGCCUCGAACGCCCAUGUGGACCCCCGCUUCCAGAACCUGGGCCCCUUCAAGGACAUGGCUACGGUCAAGGUCAUUAUUAGCCGUUACAUGAUGUACUCCAUUGACUGGAAGAGUGAUCUGGAUAGCUUUUUUGACAUUGACCCAGUGAAGGGCACGAUUUCCACCAACGAGCUCCUGGACAGAGAGUCUAUCGCCCAGCACAACAUAUCCAUAGUGGCCACGAAAAUCAAUAGUCCAGUGCUAACCAGUCGAGCAGCGGUGACGGUCCACGUGAAUGACGUCAACGAAUUUCCCCCUGAAUUUGCCAUGCCCUACGAGACGUUUGUGUGUGAAAAUGCAAAAAUAGGACAGGUGAUCCAGGUCGUCAGCGCUAAGGAUCAGGACCUCCCUCCGGCCGGACAAAAGUUCACCUACAGAUCGGCGCAGGACGAGAGCGAAGUCCGCAACUUCACCGUGCGCGACUUUGGCAACAACACUGCGGGUAUCGUGACGCUGCGUGGAGGCUUCCGUCGGCGGGUGCAGGAGUUCUACGAGGUUGCCGUGGUGAUUGCGGACAGCGGCUCUGGCUACCGCUCCAUGAGCAGCACGGGGACGCUGUCGGUGCGGGUGUGUGUGUGCGACUCGGACGGCUCGCUGCUCACCUGUAACGCUGAGGCCCUCUUCCUGCCAGUGGGACUGAGCACCGGGGCUCUCAUCGCCAUACUGCUCUGCAUCAUCAUACUCUUAGUGAUGGUGGUGCUGUACGUGGGCGUGCGCCGGCAGAAGGAGAAGGAGACACUGAUGACCUCCAAGGAGGACGUGCGUGACAAUGUCAUCCACUACGACGACGAGGGCGGCGGGGAGGAGGACACGCACGCUUUCGACAUGGGCACGCUGCGGAACCCUGUCAAGGCCGCCGCCCCCGACAACGCCAACCAGCUGCGGCGCGACAUCCGCCCCGACCUGGUGGGCCCUCCUCCGCUCUCCUCCUCCUGUGCCAUCGGAGACGCUGCCGACAUCCGAAGUUUCCUCCAGCAGCGGUUGGAGCGUCACGACGCGGACGUGUCGGCGCCGCCAUACGAUUCGCUGGCCACGUACGCCUAUGAGGGCGAGGGCUCUGUGGCCGAGUCACUCAGCUCCAUCCAAGGAGGGGCAGAGACGGACGAGGACUUUGACUACCUCAACGAGUGGGGGCCACGGUUCCGCACCCUGGCCGGGAUCUUUGGCGAGCGCUCGGAGAGCCAGUCUGACCUGACAGCUGGCCCUGCCUCUACGUCCUCGUCGGUGUCCGCGCCUGUACCUGCGUCCAACACCAACUCUGCAGAGGCAACAGAGGACAAUGACAAACACUGAUGUCAACUGCAAACACCAAUACGGAUGAACUGACAGGACAACGUGCUUUGCAAUGCGGGGAUGAUGGCAACAUACACUGAUGUCAGCCACAAACACCAAUACGGUCAAGCUGACAGGACA